AUGGGUACACGUCAUCUCAUCUGCAUCUACUACAACGGUCGUUUCGUUGUCGCACAGGUAUUCAUCGGCCUUGUCUCUCCAAAGUCAAUGCUCGGAGGUACUGAAUACUGCAACAGUACGGCCAAUGGGACGGCAACCCAGAAGUUCAGGGCGUCAAAGUGCUCAAAUUCCUAAGGGAGCCUGGCAACCUCGAACGGUUGAAGAAGGGGAUCGAGCACAUUGAGGAGGUGAAGAGCGAUGAGGAAAUCCGGUACGACUGUUGUGAAUUCUACUCACGCUUUACUCUAUGUUGUGUCUAACAGAACUACAGAGCCUUUGGCUCCCACGAAGCAUUAUCCCGAGAUACCAGCGCCAAGGUGCUCGAGAUCAUUGCAGAGGUGACGCGAGAAAUGAGAAAUCCGUUGUCGCGGUUCGUCUGAUUUGUAUGGGCAGGCUACUCCGGAGACCAAGGUUCUGAUUUUCAAGGACCUGGAAUUCGUCAACAACAGUACGUGCCUACACAUUUCCUCUCGAACUCGCUCGACGCUAAUUUAAUCUGUAGCUGUCCUUUGCGAAUGGGCUUAUGUGGUAGAUCUAGACCAGGAAGUUUUCGAGGUGUUUGAAGGCUACGAAGGCAGCAGAUCAAAAGGCGAAAGAGCCCAGAGCAACCGGUUUCAAGACGUUGGUCCUCUCGAGGCAGAGGUACCAAUACUGGUGAGUAGCUUUUCAUUCGACAGCCUCGCAGAUCUUCCAAGCGACGGCGACUUCGUGGAAAAAGUGGAUUUGAGACGGAAAGUGCUUGGUCUCAAGUACGAUUCAGACGAAUGCGAGUAA